CUUCUCUGUCUCUUUCUAUUUCUCUUUCUCGUUCAAAUAUGAGGGGCACAACUUAAGAGAGAGAUCACUGUACCGUAAACAUUUCAAUGUAUUCUCUCAAGAAAUGGACGGUAAUUGUAUUGAGGAACCUCGUAAUGUUGAUGAAUAUGUAAUUAUACGGAAUAGAGAGUACUUUGAUGGUCAAUAAUUUUGGUGUAAAAAAGAUAUAAAAAUUAUUAUCAACAAAACAUGCUCAAAAUCCAUGUGACUAAUAAAUGUAAACAACCUACGUCUUUCACUUGUCUAUAAUAUUAGUCAGUUUAUUAAUCUUUCAAUAGUCUGUAUUUCUUGACUUACCGAAAUCUCAAUAUAUUUAUAAUAUUCCAUGGCGGAUGGACCGGGUUUCAGUUCCGUUCUUCAGUUAACUGAUCUCAACGAUUUCAUUGCUCCAUCUCAGGCAUGUGUUAAACCAAUUAAGCAAGAUGAUCAAGUCGGCAUUCACGAGAAAAAGAAGGUUGAAAUUACCUUAGGUGAUUGCUUAGCCUGUAGUGGAUGUAUUACUUCAGCUGAGACUGUUCUUAUUUCUAAACAGAGUUACAUUGAUUUGUAUGAAACUUUAGACAAGAAAAAGAGUGGUCAAAAUAUAACUGUUAUUGUGUCCUUAUCUCAUCAAGCAAUCGCUUCAAUUGGUGCUCGGUAUGGCCAAGGAUUUCAAGAUUCAGCUCGUCUUUUGUCAUCUUUUUUUCAUUCGAUUGGUGUUGAUUAUGUAUACGAUUUAACAUUUGCUCGUCACAUAUCUUUAAUUGAAAGCCAGAAAGAAUUUAUUGAACGAAAAAAAUCUGGCACAGCUACAUUAACAUCUAUAUGUCCUGGUUUCGUUUGUUAUGUCGAAAAGACACACGGAGAUCUACUUAUUCCUUAUUUAAGUACAGUUAAAUCACCUCAACAAAUAAUGGGAUCCUUGGUUAAAAGUUUAUGGCCAUUUGGUACUCAAAACAAGUCAGAUAAUUAUAUUUACCAUUGUACAGUAAUGCCUUGUUUUGAUAAAAAAUUGGAAGCAUCCAGGACUGAGUUUACCCAGGAAGAUGGAACAGCUGAUGUAGAUUGUGUUCUCACUCCAAUUGAAUUGGAAGCUUUAUUUGACAAGGAAGAGAUAAAUUUCACUGAUUUACCUCACCGCCCAUUAGAUGUACUUCAUCCGUCAUUGAAAAUAUCAGAUUCUGACUCUGUCGCAACUCAUCCUGGUAAUGGCUCAGGUGGUUGGUCCGAGAAUAUUAUUCGUUAUGGUAUAAGUUACUUUAACCAAUCACCAUUGAAUCCUAGAAUACCAUUGAAAAUUGAAAGCAAACGAAACAAAGAUUUUCUCGAAGUAACUCUAUCACCGUCUUUAGAAAAUGAUUUUACUCCUGAAUCAAAAAAGUUAACUUUUGCCAUUGUCAAUGGAUUUCGAAAUAUUCAAACAUUAAUUCAAAGAAUCAAAAGGAAAACAUUUAAAUAUGAUUUUGUCGAAGUAAUGGCUUGUCCUUCUGGUUGCCUUAACGGUGGAGGAAUGAUUCGUGGGGAUUCAGUGGAUAACAAACUGUUUGAAAAGGUUUCAGAACUGUAUAGCUCAUUAGAAACCUAUCAUUUAUCAUUAGACGAUAAUCAUGAUACAAUUAAAGACUUGUACAAUGAAUGGUUUUCUGACGAGGUGUUAAGAGAGAAGCUGUUCCUUACAACAUUCAAAACUAUUCCUAAAACAGACAAUUUAUUAAAUGUUAAGUGGUAAAUUUACGUAGUUACGAUUCAAAGAAUAUUCAUCAAACUGUUAUACUCAUGUAUUUUGAUGUAAGCCUUUUUGUAAAGCGACUUUCUUUUGUCUGUUGAACUAUUUCUUAAAUAAAUUAUGUUUUAAUUUUUCUUGAGAAAA